AUGCCCAAUGGAUUUACUUUACCUAGACCCAGGAGACGUUACCCUUUCCCCUGGGGUGGAGACAAGCAGAUUGCCCCCGGCUCAGUAGUAGCAGGGAGGCCCCGCAUCUCAGACCCCAACCGGACGGCCAACACCUCCGCCCAGCCCCGAUGGCUAACAGAGAACGGGCGUGAGGACGACAGCUCUGCUGGAUGGACUCUGAGGAGGAACACAAGUAAAAAACAGAGGACUCAGUGUGGAGAUGGGUGGGGAGAACGUGCUGGUUCUUUCUGUAACAUCAGCUACAUCUACUCAUGGGACAGUGGAGUUUACUGGUGUGAGUCCAGAGAGGGUCCCAUCAGUAACAUGGUUAACCUGACAGUCACUGGUGGAUCAGUGAUCCUGCAGAGUCCUGUCCUCCCUGUGAUGGAGGGAGAUGACGUCACUCUGCUCUGUAAAACAAAGACCACUCCCUCCAACCUCCCAGCUGCUUUCUAUAAAGAUGGCUCCCUCAUCAGGAAGCAGCCUACAGGUCACAUGACCAUCCAGCAUGUUUCCAGGUCUGAUGAAGGCCUCUACAAGUGUAACAUCAGCGGUCAUGGAGAGUCUCCAUCCGCUGAGCAGGGACUGGAUGAUGACUGUAAUUACAACAUCACUGCCAUCAACAAAGAGCACCACAUCUGA